AGAGAGACACCUGCUCGGGUUCCAGUUCGAUGUGUUACCUUUUCUGGCCCUCUCAAUUGAUUUAGUGACGAUUCGAUAUCUCCGCAUUUCGCAACGAUAAUUCGAUAGCCGAUUGUGUUUUGUCCUUCGUUGUCUCAUGAAGACAUCUUAUAGGGGACCUUGAGUUCUUGGUUGAACUUUCACACAAUACAAUUACCAACGCCUAUCAUGGCCGAUAUCACCCCACCUGAUCCCAUCGACGAGGAGUCGGAGUCUCCCAGCGUCGCACCAUUCGAGGGCCGACCCAAGGAGAAGCGUCGCCAGAGACUCCUUCGGGGCGUCCAGCACGUGUCUUCCUCUUCUUCGUUGCAGCAAAUCGGUCGUUCUCGGUCUUCUACCUCUCCGUAUAGCACGCGAGGUAGCUUAUCGUGCGUGAGUCUCGCAGCGACACCUGCUUUUGGACAACAAUCUUCAGGUAGUAUUACGCAGGGCUACUUUCCCAGUAGUCGAUCGUCUACACCCGGUAGUGCGGCUGCUGAAUAUCCUGGGUCCGACGGCGUUGAAACUCGUAUAGCUCGUAAAGUUGCCAAUAUUUCUACGACGCAAUUGAACCCGACCACCGUCUCUCUACCGGCCGACGUUACCUCGAGGUCGAGAUCUAGUACGGUCCGAAAACUACCUUUUGAAUUCUGGGCAAGAAUGCCCGACGAGAUCCGACUGCAUAUUUUUUCCUACCUCCGGCCGAAAGAGCUUAUUCGCGUUUCGCGUGUAAGCAAGGAUUUCCAGAAGUUCUGUUUCGACGGUCAAUUGUGGACCCAUUUCGAUGCUACAGAGUUCUACAUGGAAAUACCCGCCGAGGCUCUAGCUAAGAUCAUUGUUGCGGCUGGUCCUUUUGUGAAAGAUCUCAAUAUCCGCGGGUGUCUCCAAAUUGAGCACUACAAAAGGGCCGAGGUUAUUGUGACGGCUUGCAAGAAUCUUAUGAAUGCAACGUUGGAAGGAUGCCGAAAUUUUCAACGGACUACUUUGCACAAUCUCAUCAAAUCUAACGAGGGGCUUGCCAACUUGAACCUUACCAGUAUGACGGCGGUCACAAACAGCACAUGCAAGAUUAUUUCCCAACAUUGUCCACAUCUUGAAACUCUCAACGUCUCAUGGUGCAAGUAUAUGGAUGCUCGCGGCAUUAAAAUGGUAGUACUCGGGUGUCCAAAACUGCGGGAAUUAAGAGCCGGAGAAGUCAAAGGAUUUAGCAGCAUUAGCGUAGCAGAUGCUAUAUUCAGGACAAACAAUCUCGAGCGGCUAGUGUUGAGCGGUUGUGUGGAUCUCAACGAUGAUGCAUUCGCGACUAUGAUCCAUGGCGUCGAACCCGAAAUCGAUAUACUAACAGAUCGACCCAUAGUUCCGCCGAGAAAGCUUCGGCAUCUGGACUUGAGUCGAUGCUCACAAUUGACCAGCCAUGGUAUUGCUGUGUUGGGUUAUCUUGUGCCUGAUUUACAAGGCCUGCAAUUGAGCGGAUGCAGCUCGUUGACCGACGCGGCACUACAGCCAAUUAUCGCCUCGACGCCUCGCCUUACUCACUUGGAAUUAGAGGAGCUAUCGGAACUUACCAACGAUAUCCUCUCAGAGCAUCUCGCCAAAGCCCCGUGUGCUCCAAAUCUAAAACAUCUUUCUGUAAGCUAUUGUGAGAAUAUCAGUGACAUUGGCAUGCUGCCCGUCAUGAAAAAUUGUGUCAGCUUGGAGAGCGUAGAUAUGGACAACACGAGGAUCGGCGACCUUGUCCUCACAGAGGCCGCAGCCAUGGUUAGGUCUCGGUCAGCCAGGACACCUCUACCCGAUGCGCGUCCUCGUAUUGGUCUCAGGUUAAUCGUGUAUGACUGCCAAAUGGUAACCUGGACUGGCGUCCGUGAGAUCCUGUCUUGGAAUGCCGAAAUCCGUCAGCCAUCCGAGAGGUCGACUACCUACCCCACCGAGAUCAUAGGCCUUAAAUGCUUCUACGGGUGGCAGCAGACGGUGGAGCAGCACACGCAGCGGGUGCUGAAGGGCGACUUCGCGGCCGCCGCGAGACUGGAGAGGAAGUGGGCAGAUUACAUGCAGGCUGUCGAGGAAGCAGGGGCUGGUGGUGCCGGCUCCCGCCGCCGCAGACGCCGUGCUCGCGCUGCUCAGAUGCUGCACGCUGACGAGGAAGGUGGUCCUGCUGCCGGUCGCCGCCGCGCGCGAACCGUCGCGGCCAAUUGCGUCGUCAUGUAACCCAUGUUGUUUUGAAUUGCGUGUAUCGGUUGCAUCAUAAAUUUACUUAUGCUCUCGGAGUUAAGAGGCUCUAACUAGGUCGGGCCUGG